AUGAAAAAUUAUACAGCGAUAACAACAUUCAUCCUGGUGGGACUAACAGAUGACACAAAUCUACAGAUUCUGCUUUUUAUCUUUUUGUUCCUAACAUAUUUGUUGAGUGUUGUUGGGAAUCUAACCAUCAUCACUCUCACCUUGGUGGAUUCUCACCUUAAAACACCCAUGUAUUUUUUUCUCCGGAAUUUUUCCAUCUUAGAAAUCUCAUUUACAACUGUCUGCAUUCCCAGAUUUCUCUACACAAUGGCAUCUGGGGACAAUACUGUUACUUACAAUGCAUGUGCCACUCAAUUAUUUUUUGUUGUUGUCCUGGGCGUGACUGAGUUUUUUCUCCUGACUGCCAUGUCCUAUGACCGUUACGUAGCCAUCUGCAAGCCCCUGCAUUACACAACCAUCAUGAGCAACAGAGUCUGCAUCAGGUUCCUUAUUGGCUGUUAUAUAAUUGCUCUAAUCAUUGUCAUCCCACCAUUUGGCAUGGGCUUUGAGCUCGAGUUUUGUGACUCCAAUGUCAUAGACCACUUUGCCUGUGAUGUUGCUCCUAUCCUGAAGAUCACCUGCUCCAACACAGAGUUUAUAGAGCGGUUUGUCUUAAUUCUGGCUGUGUUGAUCCUCCUUUUCACUUUGGUGUGUGUGAUUAUGUCCUACGCAUACAUCAUCAAGACUAUUCUCAGAUUCCCUUCUGCCCAGCAACAGAAAAAGGCUUUUUCUACUUGCUCGUCCCAUAUAAUUGUGGUUUCUAUCACUUAUGGAAGCUGCAUCUUCAUCUAUGUUAAGCCAUCUGCAAAGGAAGGGGUAGCUAUUAAUAAGGUGGUGUCAGUACUUACUACCUCAGUUGCCCCAGUAAUGAAUCCCUUCAUUUAUACUCUGAGAAACAAGCAAGUGGCUCAAGCUUCUAAAGACCUGAUCAAAAGAGUUGCAUCCAUCUCAAAGAACUAA